UCACACCCAUAGUUUUAACUCCUCAAGAAGAGAAAUACUGAAUACUGUCAUCUGCCGCGUCGCUUCCCCUUCGCCGGAGCUGAAAAACCGGUGGGAAGUGGGCAGGUCAUGUUCAGUCUAACAUUCAUGUAGCUACUAUCUUCUUUUUUGUUGAAGGUAUUUCCGUGCUCAGCGGAUCAAUACAAAAUGUGGCGGCUGUAUGAAGGAUGGAACGACAUUUUGAAGAUCCAAAAGUUCCGGAGAAUUGUGUCCUAUACUGGAUUCUAUUGCUUCGUUACAGUCAUCACAUAUGCGUACACCAACAACACUACUAGAGCGGGGUACUCGAGAGCUGACCAAUUCUAUGCUUCGUAUCCAGCUGGUACAGAGCUCCUUACAGACACAGCUAAGCUAUAUAAAGCAGCGUUGGGUAAUGUUUUUGAAUUGGAAGAAUGGGGACCUGUCGAAUGGUCCGUCCUGGCUAAACAUUUUGAACGUCAAGGAAAAUCACCAUAUGCAUAUCAUGCUCAAUACAUGGCACACCUCGCUUCUCAUGGACAGCUAGAUGGAAGUGGCUAGUGGAAGCUCAGUAGCAGGAAACCUACGAUUUGACGCCUAUCAUCUGCAUCUUGAGCAGGUUUAAAUCAAUUCAAGAAGCUGAUUUGGUGAUAGAAUUCGAACCAACAGAUAUGUAACUUGUUGAACAUGUAUUAACCUAGCCUAGCCAAUCUCAUAUCAAUAUGAUGAGUUGUUAGGAGUGAUUAUAUUGAAUAAAUAGAUUCCUGAAAUCGAAAUUCAUAUCUUUUACGCUCCUUUGUUA